AUGUCGACUCCAGUCUCUAAUCGUAAAUAUGGAGCUCAAAAAAUUCGCCUUACUAUUCUGUGUGCCAGAAACCUUGUUCGGAGGGAUUUAUUUCGAUUGCCUGACCCUUUUGCAAAAAUUUCUGUGGAUGGAAGUGGCCAAGUCUACUCAACAAAUGCAGUAAAAGCUACUUUAGAUCCCAAAUGGAAUACACAUUAUGAUUUAUAUUUAACAAAAGGAGAUGGAAUAACUAUUAGCAUUUGGAAUCAGCGUAAAGUUCACAAGAGACAAGGAUCUGGUUUCUUAGGUUGUGUUAGAAUUCAGCCAUCAACUGUGCAUAAAUUAAAAGACACCGGUUAUCAAUGCCUAGAAUUAUGUGAGGAUAGCUCGGGUGAGGCUUGUGGAGUGAAAGGCCAGGUUAUUGUUUCUUUAUUAUCAAGAGAUGGUACAAGAGGAGAACCAGCCUCUGUUACUGGUGAGGGAUCACCACUAGCUGUAGUUGGACCAGCAGGUGAAGUCAGGGCACCUCGUGAACCACCUGUUAAUAAUGUUACAAAUUUACCAUUACCACAGCAUUGGGAAGAACGGUUCACACCAAGUGGAAGGCCAUACUACGUGAACCACGCAUUGAGACGCACACAAUGGGAGCGUCCAAGCGCAGAUACAUCCUCUCCGACUAGUCCACAACCUUCUCCACCACCCGGAUCACCAUCUCCCGCACCCUUGAGUCCAGCUUCACCAGUCUCGCCCCUCUCUCUUGUUUCGCCGUCAUCACCAAUAUCAGAAGCUGAUGUUAACCAGGGAAAUUCCAUUUCAUUGCGGCCGGAACCUCAGCCACAAACAGCUGUUCGAACGCGUGCAGUACCAUCGCAGUCUACGCCCUCAUCUUCCAAUCCAGUUCCUACACCUGUAGCUGCAACCGACUUACCGUCAGGAUUUGAGAUGAGGACAACAAAUCAAGGGCAAGUUUACUUCUACAAUAACAUAACGGGAACAUCUACGUGGCACGACCCACGAGUGCCGCAGCAUUUACGUCACUGCGCGGCAGCUGCAGGCCCGCUGCCUCCCGGCUGGGAGAUGCGACACGCGCCCUCUGGAAGGCCAUACUUUGUGGACCACAAUAAGCGGACUACGCAGUUUACUGACCCACGUCUUGCUCUCUCCGCUAGACUAACGCCGCCUUUAGAGUCGAACCCCACACCUAAUUCAGCGCCUGCUCCGCCUCCAACGAACGGUGCAAGCGAACCAGCAGACGCGGAUGCGCUACCCAAGUACAAACGGGACCUCGCAGCUAAAGCGAGGGUCUUGAGAGCGGAAUUACAAGCUCUCCAACCGCAAACUGGACAUUGUCGUAUUGAGGUUUCACGUAACGAAGUACUGGAAGAGUCGUACCGUCUUGUGAUGAAACUGCGCGGCAAGGAACUGCGCAAGCGGCUACUGGUGAAGUUCCGCGGCGAGGAAGGGCUGGACUACGGUGGUGUUGCUCGGGAAUGGCUCCAUUUAUUGGGGCGGGAGCUGUUUAACCCACAGUAUGGACUGUUUCAAUAUGCCAAUGCCGGAGAUGACCGCUACUCGCUCCAGAUCAACGCAGAUUCCGGGGUGAACCCGGAGCACUUGUCUUACUUCCACUUUGCUGGUCGAAUCCUCGGCGUAGCGCUAUUCCACGGUCAUCAGCUGGACGCCGCUUUCACUGCGCCAUUUUAUAAACAACUUCUAGGCCGUCCUAUAACACUGAGAGAUAUAAGGGAUGUCGAUCCAGAACUUCAUCGCUCACUUUCUUGGAUGCUAGAGAACAGCAUUGCUGGCAUAAUAGAUACAACAUUUGCUGUGGAAUGUUCAUCCUUUGGUGCGGUGCGGAGCGUGGAGUUGCGACCCGGAGGAACCAACGAGCCAGUAACAGAUAACAACAAGCGGGACUACGUGCGUUUGUACGUCGCGCACCGCUUCACCCGCGGCGCCGAAAGACAGUGGUUAGCCCUACAACGGGGUCUCGCAGACAUUAUUCCACCACAACUCCUGAGGCCACUCUCGCCCAGAGACCUCCAGCCCUUGCUUGCGGGCCGCGCAGACCUCGACCCGGCCGAUUGGAAACGACAUACCCGCCUCAAACACGUGAAUCCCGACGCACCUAUUGUAAAUUGGUUCUGGGAGAUCGUGGAAGACUUUGACGCUGAAAUGCGAGCCAGGCUACUUCAGUUUGUUACUGGUUCUCGGCGGGUCCCUCUAGCUGGGUUCAGAGCGCUGCAAGGUUCGACCGGAGCGGCUGCUCCGAGACUCUUUACCCUGCACCUAGUUGCUGACGCAUCUCCGGAUUCUCUUCCUAAAGCGCACACUUGCUUCAAUCGACUCGAUCUUCCUCCAUACCCGACUAAGGAGAAACUGCACGACAAACUCACACAGGCUGUCCUCGAAACUGCCGGCUUUGCUGUUGAAUAA